UUUUUUUUCUUUUUACAAAUAAAGAGGCAGGCGGCACAGUCCCGCCAUACUAAAGUAUGAGAGUACAUGUUUCGUUUAUCACCUCUCAACGGACCGUUAUAUAAUAGAUUUAUGUUUACAUUUUAGGUCUUGCUGUCUGUUGUUCAUCGUCAGGUGCACAGAGGUCACACCAUCCGUCAUGUCCCGGGGGUUUGAUCACGAGAUCUGAGGCUGCAGGCGAAAACUUUCUACCUGCGAUUCUUUUAAGAAACGGAACCAACUCGACAUGAUGCUCUGAUGAAACAUACCGAAUUCAGGACAUCCUGCAUCCACAUUUUCAAAACGAGUAGUUUGGUUUCCUUGUGGUUUUGUGCAGUUUCUUCCUAAAAGCGGAAGUCACAUACCGCUUUUAGAUCUGCAUCGCUGCUGUUGUUUUCUAAAGGACAGGAAACGGUUUCUUCUGCAGGUUCCUGUUUUUCAGACCAUGGCAAACGAGCACUCACCUCUUCUUGUUCACGGGGUGUACAGCAUGAUAGGAGAUGCUGAAGAUUCCAGUCGUGGAUCGGCAGUGACAGAAGAGGGAUCCCCCAAAUCAAACCCCCGCAAACUCAACACCUUCUUUGGUGUCAUGGUGCCCACCAUCCUCUCCAUGUUCAGUAUUGUGCUCUUUCUUCGCACAGGCUUUGUUGUGGGUCAUGCCGGUCUUCUCCAUGGUCUCCUCAUGCUGUUCGUGGCCUACUUCAUCAUUUCAUUGACAAUCCUGUCUAUAUGUGCUAUUUCAACUAAUGGUGCUGUGGAAGGGGGCGGGGCCUACUUCAUGAUCAGUCGUUCUCUGGGACCAGAGUUUGGAGGCAGCAUCGGCCUUAUGUUUUACUUGGCAAAGGUAUGUGCAUGUGGCGUGUAUGUACUCGGCCUGGUGGAGGCCAUACUGGACGUCUUCGGGAGGGAUCCAGGCUCUAAUGUGUCACAAGGGCUGCGUGUGUUGCCGCAGGGUUACUGGUACACCGUGUUGUACUCCUCUAUAGUGCUGUUGCUAUGUCUGGUGGUGUGUCUGGUCGGUGCUCAUAUCUACGCCAAAGCCUCUUUUAUCAUUCUGCUGGUGGUGACGGUGUCACUGAUCUCCAUCAUCAUCAGCCCCCUUAUAGUCAGUCCACAGCGCUUCAACAUCACACACACAUACGGCAACAACCACAGCGUCACCGUCAACCCCAGCUACACAGGCUUUAACGGCACCACAUUAAAGAACAACCUUGGACCACGCUACUCUCUGGACUACAGUACCAACACAAUGAUGUCUUUCGCCACUGUAUUUGCUGUGAUGUUCACUAGCUGCACAGGCAUCAUGGCAGGAGCGAACAUGUCGGGUGAGCUGAAGAACCCCAGUGAAGCAAUACCUAAAGGGACCAUCAUAGCGGUGUCAUACACAUUCACUGUCUACUUGCUUCUCUUCCUGCUCCUGAGCUCUACCUGUGACAGGUUGUUGUUAAUCAAUGAUUAUGCAGUGUUCCAACGUGUGAACGUGUGGCCUCCAUUUGUGACGAUUGGGGUGUACUGCGCGUCUCUCUCGGCUGCUAUGUGCUCCAUGAUAGGAGCUUCUCGAAUCCUCCACGCUCUUGCUCUGGACCAGCUUUUUGGUCUGCCUCUGGCUCCGGCUGCAGUCACCUCCAGCUCUGGGAACCCGUGGGUGUCUGUGCUCUACACCUGGGGACUGGUGCAGUGUACGCUGUUUGCAGGACAGCUGAAUGUGAUUGCUGGUAUCGUGACAGUGUUUUACCUGUUGGCGUAUGCUGCAGUGGAUUUGGCCUGUCUGGCUCUGGAAUGGGCCUCUGCUCCAAACUUCAGGCCAACAUUUCAGUUAUUCUCUUGGCACACAUGUUUGUUGGGUAUUGUCAGCUGUGUGGUAAUGAUGUUCGUGAUAAACCCAGUGUAUUCCUCGGCCAGUAUCGUACUGCUGCUGCUCCUCCUGCUGAUCCUGCACUACCGUUCUCCCACCAGCAGCUGGGGCUACAUCAGCCAAGCGCUCAUCUUCCAUCAGGUGAGGAAGUACCUUCUGAUGUUAGACUCCCGUAAGGAUCACGUGAAAUUCUGGCGGCCGCAGGUCUUACUGAUGGUGGCAAACCCACGCUCCUCCUGUCAGCUCAUCUGCUUUGUCAACCAGCUGAAGAAAGGAGGGCUUUUUGUCCUUGGACAUGUGCAGAUCGGAGAUCUGGAUGUGUUGCCAGCAGACCCGGUGCAGCCGCAGUAUAAUUUCUGGUUGAGUCUGGUGGAUAAGCUGGGUGUAAAGGCCUUUGUGGAUCUGACUCUUUCUCCCUCUGUCAGGCAGGGCACUCAACAUCUGCUCCGCAUCACUGGACUGGGAGGUAUGAAGCCUAAUACCCUGGUCUUGGGCUUCUAUGACAACUGCUACCCAGAGGACUACUUUCUGCAGGACCCUGUCUUUUGCGAGGGCGAUAGGGGCGAGGGGGAUAAUUUUGGGGUUGACCUCCCAUCCUUACAGGCUCAUUUUCCACUGGUGCGCCAUGCCGAGAGCCCUCGCACGUUGCAGCCUGAGGAGUAUGUGAGCAUCAUCCUUGAUGCCAUAAAAAUGGGCAAGAAUGUUUGUUUAGCCCGGUACUUUUUCCAGCUACCACCUGAGAGUAAAGGUGUAAAAUACACAAGGGGAAAUGACAGCGUGGACACCAUUGACGUGUGGCCGACAAACCUACUGUCGCCAGGCAGUGCCAGUUACGCAGACGUGUGCAGUCUUUUCCUGCUUCAGAUGGCAUGCGUGUUAAACAUGGCCAGCAGGUGGCGCCGUGCAAGGUUACGUAUAUUCGUCUGUGUGGAGUCUGAAUCUGGAGACCAGGGCUGGCUGGCUAAAGAAGAGCAAUUUAGAGAGCUGCUGGGCAAGCUGAGGAUUCGUGCCUCUAUUAAGAUUGUGGCGUGGGAUAACGUGGCACGCAUGUUUAGAAGGCAAAACUCUGUGUCUGAAGACUUCCUGUGUGCCGUGAAUGCCCUGCUGAGGGAACACAGCUCUACUGCAGCGGUGCGCUUCCUGUACUUGCCCCACCCGCCCUCCAGUUCUGAGCUGUCACAGCAGUACCUGAUGCAGCUGGAUGCGUUGACGCGAGACCUGGGCCCAGCUCUCUUGAUUCAUGGGGUCACACCAGUCACGUGUACUGAGCUCUGAGAAACCAUGACCAAAGCUUGUUUGUGUGAUAAUGAGGAACAUCAAUAAUGUUAGUGAGUAGAAUACAAGUGUAUUUGAUUCCUAACAUUUUUAUAAUACUCCUCAAAUAGUGGGUGAUUUUAAAGACCAUCAUAAAUGGGUAGAGUAUGUGCUAUUGGUAAAAAAAAAAAAAGUUACUUAAAGAUGGAUAGAUGGAAUGUGUGUUAUUGGUGAAAACGGCUUAUGUUUUAGGGUUUAUGGGUAUAUACUGCCAAAUCAUGUUACAGCGUGCAGUUAUUUUUGCAUUCUUCAUGCAUCUCCGUUUGUUCUCAUCAAAAGAAAGUUUAGUGUUUGUGGAAAGGAAGUGUCUACAUAUAAAUUUAAAUUGCUAAUUAUGUUUAUUUAAGUGUCAGACAGUAAGUGUAAAUAUUUAAACCGUUCCUGUGAUCCAUAUUUUUGUGUUUGUGCAAGACACUGUAUGGAAAAAAUAACAUUGACUUUAAUUAGGAUGGAAAGAGUUUGUCUUGAAUGAGACGUGGUUAUUGCUGUCACAGUAAUAGGGCAAUGUGAGCCUGUUUACUCACUUUUUGUUAUUGUAAUGCACUGUUGGAGCAUUUUGUUAAUCAUUUCUGCUUUUUGACCCAGUUAGAGUUAGCAGGCCAAUGAGGAGUCCUCACGGGAUUGGGUCAUUGUUGGUGUGAUGGCAAAAGUGCUGCUCUCAGCUUUCCGAUUAGAGUUCUUACAAUGGAUUUGUGCAUUCAUGGUGUAUUUACUGUAAUUUGGAUAAUCAUAGACAUGUUAUGUUAUUUAUUAUUAUUACAUUUUGUGUGUGUUUGUAAGAGAAAGCAGGGAGAAAGAGUAAAAGUGUUUUCUUGUGCACAUGUUUUCAUCAGUAGGUCUGGAUUUCAUAUUGUGGGCCUCAUGAUAUACCCCUGACCAUUUGCAUUAACUUUUGUUGUUUUUACAUCAUUUUGAUUUUGUGUGUUUCUUGCCGUUUUUACAGUUUAAAUGCGCUCUGUACUUAGGAAUGUUCUGACUGGCUGAAGGCAGAGGUGAGAGCUCAUGAUUGGUCAGAGCUUAUGAUGAUGUUUGUGUUGAGUCUGUUCUGGUCUUUGGGAACUGAAAAGGGACACUGGCUUAAAUGAUACUUGAAUUUUUUGCACAUUUGUGCAUGUGUUAGAAGUUGCUAGAAUUAACAAAAACAAUGCAGAAGCCCAAGAGUACCAGGCCUUUAUCAUAGCUAUACAAUAAUAGAGGUCUUAUGCUAAAUAAGUAAUUCCAUUCUGUACAUUCAUAAUAAUAAUAAAAAAAAAAAAAUGUUUUUUUAACAGUG